AUGCCUCUCACCACCGCUGUGCUCGCUGGGCGCACUCCGGCCCUCCUCCGAUGUGGUCCCCAAACUCUGGCUGCUCGCUCCUUCACCGCAGCUGCCUUCAAGGGCCACACCCGGACGGCCUUGAAACCCAGCCAGCACUUCCAGAAGCGCCUGGGAACGGUAUCUAUUGUCCGCCCUUAUAGCGCCUCGACCCAGGAAGCCAACCCCAAGGCAUAUCUUGAUAGUGGGGUCAUCAAGCCCAAGCAGACCGUCAGUGUCAAGAAGGUUCUUGUCAUUGGUAGCGGCGGCCUAGCAAUUGGCCAGGCCGGUGAAUUCGAUUACUCAGGUUCUCAGGCUCUCAAGGCCUUGAAGGAAGCUGGUGUCGCUUCCGUGCUCAUCAACCCGAACAUCGCCACCAUCCAGACCAACCAUAACCUUGCUGAUGAAGUCUACUACCUUCCCGUCACCCCCGAAUAUGUUUCUUACGUCAUUGAGAAGGAGAAGCCUGAUGGCAUCUUCCUUUCUUUCGGUGGCCAGACCGCCCUCAACCUGGGUGUUGAAAUGCAGCGACAGGGACUCUUUGAAAAGUAUGGUGUCAAGGUCCUCGGCACCAGCGUCCGCACCCUCGAGCUCAGUGAGGAUCGAGACCUGUUCGCCAAGGCCCUCGAGGAAAUUAAUAUCCCCAUUGCUAAGUCAAUUGCUGUCGGCACUGUUGAGGAAGCUCUUGACGCCGCUAAGACCAUUGGCUACCCGAUCAUUGUCCGUGCUGCCUACGCCCUGGGUGGUCUCGGCUCUGGUUUCGCCAACAACGAGGAGGAGCUCCGAAACAUGGCUGCCCGAUCUCUGACCUUGUCUCCCCAGAUUCUGGUCGAGAAGUCGCUUAAGGGCUGGAAGGAAGUUGAAUAUGAGGUCGUUCGCGAUGCUAACAACAACUGUAUCACUGUCUGCAACAUGGAGAACUUUGAUCCCCUCGGUAUUCACACCGGUGACUCUAUUGUCGUGGCACCCAGUCAGACUUUGAGCGACGAGGAGUAUCACAUGCUGCGAACCGCCGCUAUCAAGAUUGUCCGCCACUUGGGCGUUGUUGGUGAAUGCAACGUUCAGUACGCCCUGCAGCCCGAUGGUCUUGACUACCGAGUCAUUGAGGUCAACGCUCGUCUGUCCCGUUCAUCUGCUCUGGCGUCUAAGGCUACCGGAUACCCUCUUGCUUAUACCGCGGCCAAGAUCGGAUUGGGCCACACCCUACCCGAGCUUCCCAAUGCUGUGACCAAGACGACCACGGCUAACUUCGAGCCUUCCCUGGAUUAUAUUGUCACCAAGAUUCCCCGAUGGGAUCUGGCCAAGUUCCAGCACGUUAAGCGUGAUAUUGGUAGUGCAAUGAAGUCUGUUGGUGAGGUCAUGGCCAUCGGCCGAACCUUCGAGGAGUCUUUCCAGAAGGCUAUCCGUCAGGUUGACCCCCGAUUCGUUGGAUUCCAGGGUGACCACUUUGAGGAUCUUGACUUCGAGCUCCAGAACCCUACCGACCGCCGAUGGCUUGCGGUUGGUCAGGCUAUGCUUCACGAGAACUAUUCUGUCGACAAGGUCCACGAACUCACCAAGAUCGAUAAGUGGUUUUUGUACAAGCUCCAGAACUUGGUCGACUGCGUCCGCGAGCUCGAGGCUGUUGGAAGCCUCGAGGGCUUGAAGAAGGACCAGAUCCUCAGCGCCAAGAAGAUGGGUUUCUCUGAUCGUCAAAUCGCCAAUGCUGUCAAGAGCACAGAGGACGCCGUGCGAGCUCAGCGUCUGAGCUUCGGCAUCCGCCCCUGGGUCAAGAAGAUUGAUACCCUCGCUGCUGAGUUCCCCGCCGACACCAACUACCUCUACACAACCUACAACGGCUCAUCCCACGAUGUCACCUUUGAGGACCACGGAAAGAUUGUUCUUGGAAGCGGUGUCUACCGUAUUGGUAGCUCUGUCGAGUUCGACUGGUGCGGUGUUGCUGCCACCCAGGCUCUCCGUGAGAUGGGCGAGAAGACCAUCGUUAUCAACUACAACCCGGAAACUCGAUCAACUGAUUUCGAUGUUGUUGACAAGCUCUACUUUGAGGAGUUGAGCUAUGAGCGUGUAAUGGAUAUUUACGAGUUGGAGCAAGCCUCUGGUGUGGUUGUCUCUGUGGGUGGCCAGCUUCCUCAGAACAUCGCUCUCCGCCUACAGGAGGCUGGUGGAGCCAAUGUUCUGGGCACUGACCCCAAGGACAUUGACAAGGCUGAGGAUCGUCAGAAGUUCUCUGAGAUUCUGGAUAGCAUUGGUGUCGAUCAGCCAGCAUGGAAGGAGCUUACCUCGGUCGAGGAGGCCGAGAAGUUCGCUGAUGAGGUUGGCUACCCCGUCCUGGUUCGCCCCAGUUAUGUUCUCUCUGGUGCUGCCAUGACCGUCAUUCACAGCAAGGCCGACCUCAAGGACAAGCUUGAGGCCGCCGCCGACGUCUCCCCCGACCACCCCGUCGUCAUCACCAAGUUCAUCGAGGGUGCCCAAGAAAUCGAUGUCGAUGGUGUUGCCUCCAAGGGUGAACUGAUCGUCCACGCCGUCAGUGAGCACGUGGAGCAGGCUGGUGUUCACUCUGGCGAUGCUACCCUGGUUCUCCCUCCUGCUAAUCUUGAUGAGUCUAUCAUGGAGCGUGUCAAAGACAUUGCUCGCAAGGUUGCUAAGGCCUGGAACAUCACCGGUCCUUUCAACAUGCAGAUCAUCAAGGCUGACGACCCCGAGGGUGGUGAGCCUCAGCUGAAGGUGAUCGAGUGCAACCUCCGUGCCUCCCGAUCUUUCCCCUUCGUCAGCAAGGUCCUCGGCUUGAACUUCAUCGAUGUUGCAACCAAGGCCCUCAUUGGCAAGGACGUCCCUGACCCCACCGAUCUCAUGGCUGUCAAGCGUGACUACCUUGCCACCAAGGUUCCCCAGUUCUCCUGGACCCGUCUGGCCGGUGCCGACCCCUUCCUGGGAGUCGAGAUGGCUUCUACUGGUGAGAUUGCUUGCUUCGGCAAGAAUCUGGUUGAGGCUUACUGGACCUCGCUUCAGUCCACCAUGAACUUCCGCAUGCCUGAGCCUGGUGAGGGUCUCCUCUUGGGUGGCGAGAUCUCCAAGCCCUGGCUCAUCCAAGUUGUGGACUACCUCGCCCCCCUCAACUAUAAGCUCUAUGCUGCCAGCAACGAAGUCAAGCAGUACGUCGAGUCCGAGGCCAAGGGCAAGGUAGAGGUGGAGGUGAUUGAGUUCCCCAAGGAGGACAAGCGUGCUCUCCGCCAGGUGUUUGAGAAGUACGACAUCCGCGGGUGCUUCAACCUCGCACAGGCCCGUGGCAAGACGACGCUGGAUGUCGACUAUGUCAUGCGCCGAAACGCCGUCGACUUUGGCGUUCCUCUAUUCAUGGAGCCUCAGACUGCCAUUCUCUUUGCUCAGUGCAUGAGCGAGAAGCUGCCCCGCAAGGAGGGUGUUCCUUCCGAGGUCCGCAGGUGGUCCGACUUCAUCGGCGGCAAGCCUCUGUAA